CCACCACUCAGUCUGUUCGUCUGUGUGUCAAUCUGUUUGUCUGUCCACCACUCAGUCUGUCCGUCUGUGUGUCAAUCCGUCUGUCUGUCCACCACUUAGUCUGUCCGUCUGUGUGUCAUUUUUUACGUCUGUCUGCCUAUCACUCAGUCUGCCCGCCUACACACCCCAUGUGUCGGUUUCUCCGUCCACUACUCAGUCUGUCCGUCUGUGUGUCAAUCUGUCUGUCUAUCCACUACUCAGUCUGUCCGUCUGCGCAUGCAUCUGUCUCUCCGUCCAUCACUCAGCGUGGUGCUGGCCACCCACGCCCUCUUGCCCCAACAGUCUGUUGAGGCUACAUGGGGGAUCUUUGUCUCUGUGAGCAGCGUGGAACAGACAUCGUCACGUCCACAACGGUGUCCAAUCACCGCACUGCAGGGUUGCCGGGCUCACUCUCCGUGAUCGUGUGAGGAGCUCGGUAAGCCGGGACAGGCUCCGAGUCGAGCCACCGGAGCGAGUUCAGGUGGUCCGGUCCACCAGCGCCACGAUGGAGCCUCGUGACAGCCACGGACGCGCUCCGGCACAACAAAGACGAGACACGCCACAUCACCACCAUCACCACCAUCACCAUCGCCUACUGCCGCUGCUUCUCGUUCUCCUCGUCGCCCUCUGGGUGUGCCCCACCCCGAGCCGCGCCGAUAUCUUCUGGCACAAGACGCGCGUUCCGCUGGUGCGAGACCUGCGGGUCGUGCCGCUUGAUCCGUCGGACUUCGGAGCUCCAGCCACGCCGCGUGCCGCCUGCGGCCCCGUGGCCUCCCUGGCGUGCCGCCCCCCCUCGCCCUGGUGGCAGCAACACCCCGCCGGGCCCGCCGGUGGUGACGGUGGUGGCGCUGUGGAUGUCGACUUUCUGCAGCAGCUGCAAGAGCAGUUGUCGUACGAGACGGUCUACGACAACGGCACCCGCACGCUCACCCAGGUGGCCAUCGACGGCCUCGACACCCGCGGCCCGGCCCCGCGUCCACCCCGCCGCCGUCCCCGCCGCCAGAUCUACGGCACGGACGGACGCUUCACCAUCGCGGCGGACGGCUUCGCCCAGCGGCACCCCUUCUCGGCGGCGGUGCGCCUCUCCACGGGCUGCACGGGCGUGCUGGUGUCGGACCGCCACGUGCUCACGGCCGCGCACUGCGUGCACGACGGCCGCGACUACGUCAAGGGGGCACGUCGGUUGCGCGUCGGCUUCCUCAAGCGGCGCUCGGCGGGGCCGGACGAACGGCGUGGAGGCGGCGGGGGCGGCCGCGGCGGAGGCCGGGAGAAAAAGGGGAAGACCGGCGGCCGCGGCGGGGAAGGCCGCCCCGACCGCUCGCGGCGGCAGCAGCAGCCACUCGACAAGGCGAGCUUCAGGUGGUCGCGCGUGCGUCGCACGCACCUACCCAAGGGUUGGAUCCGCCCGGCGCAGUCGCAGUCGCCCGGCGGUAACGUCGCGGGCGCCGGCAUGGACUACGACUACGCGGUGGUCGAGUUGAGGCGCCCGCACGACCGUCGCUUCAUGGAGUUGGGCGUGAGCCCCCCGGCGGGUCGGUUGCCCGCCGGACGACGCCUCCACUUUUCGGGCUUCGACGACGACCGUCCGGCGAGCCUCGUGUACCGCUUCUGCGCCGUGGCGGAGGAAAGCGCUGAGUUGACGUACCAGCGGUGCGACGCGCGACCAGGAUCGAGCGGCUCGGGCGUGUACCUGCGUCUGCGCGAUGCCGCUAAGCGUCGCUGGACCCGCAAGGUUGUUGGGGUGUUCUCGGGCCACCAGUGGGUGGAAGUGGGGGGCGAGGCGGGCGAGGCGAUGGCCCAAGACUUCAACGUGGCCGUGAGGAUCACGGCACUCAAGUUCGCGCAGAUUUGCUACUGGGUGAAGGGGAACUACGCCGACUGCAGGGAUGGGUGAUUGGUGGUGGGGGCGGUGGUGGGCGGUGGUGGUGGUGGGCGAUGGGGUGAUGGGGAAUGGUGUGAUGAUGAUGGUGAUGGCCGAUGAUGGUGAUGAUGAUGGUGAUGAUGAUGGUGAUGAUGAUGGUAAUGAUGGUGAUGAUGGUGAUGAUGAGGAUGAUGAUGGACGAUGAUGAUGCGCGAUGAUAAUGAUGGCCGAUGAUGGUGGUGAUGAUGGUGAUGAUGAUGAUGGUGAUGAUGAUGGUAAUGAUGGUGAUGAUGGUGAUGAUGAGGAUGAUGAUGGACGAUGAUGAUGCGCGAUGAUAAUGAUGGCCGAUGAUGGUGAUGAUGGGCAUGGUGAUGAUGAUGGUGAUGAUGAUGAGCAUGGUGAUGAUGAUGGUGAUGAUGAUGGUGAUGAUGAUGGCAAUGAUGAUGGUGAUGAUGAUGGUGAUGAUGGGCAUGGUAAUGAUGAUGGUGAUGAUGGGCAUGGUGAUGAUGAUGGUGAUGAUGGACAUGGUAAUGAUGAUGAUGGUGAUGAUGAGGAUGAUGGUGAGCGAUGAUGAUGAUGGGCGAUGAUGAUGAUGGGCGAUGAUGCUGGACAAUGAUAAUGAUGGACGACGAUGAUGAUGAUAAUGGGCGAUGAUGAUGGUGAUGGGCUAUGGUUAUAGUCGUUGAGGAUAAUGACGGUGGCCGAUGAAGAGGAUGAUGAUGAUGAUGGGUGAGAGCCGAUGGCACAGGUAUCGAGAUUGGUCGCCCUGGAAUUUUUUAAAAUGUUUAAUUAAUCACUGAUGAGUACUAAGAGGUCGAGGAGAGGCUGCUGUCUCUGUGUGCGACGAAUCGGUGGCGGAGGUCAAGUUGCAGGUCGACUACGAGGUCGACUUGCAGGUUGACUACCAGGUCGACUACGAGGUCGACUUGCAGGUUGACUACGAGGUCAACUUGCAGGUCGACUUGCAGGUCGACUACGAGGUCGACUACGAGGUCGACUACGAGGUCGACUACCAGGUCGACUUGCAGGUCGACUGCGAGGUUGACUACAAGGUCGACUACGAGGUCGACUUGCAGGUCGACUAC